AUGAGGCCGAGGUACGAAGCACUAGAAGUAACUAGCCUCCGAGGAUUGGGGUUGGAGAUGGAGGCAGGGACCGGUUUUGCCAACCGAAAAGGGAAAAUGGCCGCAACCACCACCAUCACCGUCCCCCAUCUGGGCGGCAUCGACGUCGGCUACCGCCUCACCAACAACAACACUUACGACCCCGCCAAACCGACCGUAGUGCUCAUCAACUCCAUGUGCAUGACUGUUUCUCUCUACGAGCCCCAAUUCAACGACGAGACUCUAACAAACGCGGCAAAUCUCCUCGCUAUCGAACCCCUCGGUCAUGGCGCCACUCACUGCCAUGUCGCGGAACACUUCACUUACUGGGAUACGGCCAUUAUGGCACUGCAGGUGAUGGAUAAGCUGGGUAUUGAGAAGGCGUUCACUCUGGGAACCAGCCAGGGUGGGUGGAUUGUUAUGCGCAUGGCGCUGUUGGCGCCGGAAAGGAUCCUCGGUGUCCUGCCCCUCGGUACAUCCAUGGACUACGAGUCCUCUGAUUCCAGAAGCAAGGGCUGCUGGGAUCCCGUGACGCUGCUGACCCCAUUCCUGGAGAAAUGGAGCAGCGCGACACCCACUCCCGACUUUAUCGUGGAUGAUGUGUGGUGCGGGAUGGUUGGAGGCAUUGGUUUCGGAAAGGGCGCGACAGAAGAGACGGUCGGGUUCUGGAAGAACAUACUGAAGGACGUGUACAAGGGCGAUGAAGGACGGAAGAAGGUGCGCAUGGCACUUAUGUGUCUUCUGACGAGGGAUGGGCUGGUGUUGAGACUGGGAGAUGUGCAGUGUCCGGUUUAUUGGUUGCAGGGUACGGAAGACACCCCUUUCCAGACGACGGUGGCAAGCGAACAGAUUUCGAAGUUCACGAAGGUCUAA